ACCUCAAGAGGGCGAGGCGCGGCGGCGCCUCGGAGCCGGAGCCCGGCCGCCGCCGCCGCGUGGCGCUCAACCCCGCCGAUUGCAACUUAGAUUUCAAUGUGGAAGGCAAUGGGCUUCGAGGAUCUGCGCUUCAUGAGAAAGGGUUUGCUUAUUGCUGGUCUGGUGCGCGUGCUGAUGCUGGAAUAAUUGGAGGGAAAUACUGUUUUGGCUGCAAAGUUGUCUCGACUCAGCCAGUUGAAAUGGAAGACACUCCCCAUGACAAGCAGCAUCUUUGUCGUGUCGGUGUGUCGACUGGGGACGAACCAGUGGGAAGCCUUGGAGAAAGCUACUGCAGCUUUGGAUAUGGAGGGACCGGAAAGUUUUCAACUGCCAACGACUUUUUGGGUUAUGGUGAAAAGUUUGGAGUUGGUGAUACGAUUGUCUGUGCUGUUGAUCUUGAGAGUAAGCCCCUGGCGUCCAUAGGUUUCUCAAAGAAUGGUAAGUGGCUGGGAGUUGCAAAGCAGUUUGAUGCCAGUGGGAUGGGUCUUGGAGUGGAUACUGCAGCAAGUAAUUUACCGUGGAAACCAGCGCUCUUUCCGCACAUACUGUUGAAGAAUGUUGAAGUGGACAUGCACUUUAGUCUUGAAGAUGGAUUGGUUCCCGAAGAUGGUUUUAAGCCUUGGGCUUGGGCAUUUGAGGAUCAGAAGGCCAUUCUAGGUCCUGCUUUCUCUGAUAUUAGCUGCUGUGAAGUGAUGAUGAUGGUGGGAUUGCCAGCUUCUGGAAAAACUACUUGGGCUGAGAAAUGGAUCAAAGAACACCCUGAGAAGCGAUAUGUGUUGCUUGGAACCAACCUUGUUUUGGAUCAAAUGAAGGUUCAUGGGCUCAUGCGUAAGGGAAACUAUGGUGAAAGGUUCGAUCGUCUGAUGGACCGAGCAACCGACAUUUUUAAUAUCCUAUUGACAAGGGCUGCAAAGACAGCUAGGAAUUACAUUCUUGAUCAGACAAAUGUCUACAAAAGUGCACGUAGACGCAAACUAAAGCCCUUUGCAUCUUUUUGUAAGAUUGCUGUAGUGGUAUUUCCAAAACCAGAAGAACUGAAGUUACGUUCGCAAAAGAGAUUCAGAGAAAUGGGAAAGGAGGUACCUGCUGAUGCAGUGAAUCAAAUGUUGGCCAAUUAUGCUUUGCCCUCCAGUGUGGAUAUGCGUGGAUCAGACGAGUACUUUGAUCAGGUCAUGUUUGCAGAACUGGACCGAGUGGAGUCACAAAGGCAUUUGGAUGAGAUGAAGCAAUCUCUUGCCUGUCCUUCCAAUUUGAAUGUGAAGAAUGAAUUUUCACCUUAUUCUCAGGGAACUGCUGUGGGAUCAUAUCCUUUGCCACGAAAGGAGCACGUCUCAUCAGUGACUGGAGGACACUGGAUGCACUCUCAUGUAGCUCCCCCUCUGUUGAACCCCAGCUACCAAGUCCUCAAUCAACUGUGGCCUCAGUUGGAUUCGUAUCAAGGCCAUCAGCAGUAUAAUGUGCCUGGAGCAGCUGCCGCUCCUGGAAGUUUUCAAACAAGUUUCUACCCUGCCAGUGAUUAUGGUUAUCCUAGCACGUCAAGUGCCAUUGCCAAUGUUGGUUCAGACUGUUACCCAAUUCAUGGAGCGGAGAACUCCUACAGCAGAUCAAACGUGGUGUACAACAGCGUGCGCGGUGUUGCCACUGAUGCACCAUACCAGGGCAAUGGGGUCGAGCCUUGCUUAAAUGGAGGUGAAAGGGCCUCUUCAGGACUAUAUUUUACUCCUGGUGCUCCUUUCAAUGUCAGUGGGAAUCCCAGAGUUUUUCCUGAUACUCUAAGAGGAUCCAUGUUGAUGGAGGAUCCGCCGCUGCUGCAUGGUGAACACUAUGCUGCUCCAAAUCCAGGAACUCUGUACAGGAAUUCGUCUGCUGACAUGCCACCUCCAACAGGGCAAGACCUGCCCUACCAGAGGCAUUACUGACUGCUUACCGCAUGUAUUGUUGCUACCGAUGCAAGAAGCUAUGUUGUUGUUGUGAAAGGUUUCAAAUCUUGUAAAUCUGUAUAUACGCGCUGGGUACUGAAGGCAUUUCGUGGAGCAUUAUACAGUUGUCGAAGCCCAUGUAGUUGGUGUCAUAUUCUCCUCCAUGAUCCUGAAAUUACUUCACUCUUCUUUUGGUGACUUACAUGUUUGACUUAGGUUGCGUUAGGGGAGGCUGCUUCUCUCCAUUCAACUAGUUAGUAUUGUAAAUUUCUGUCCCAGUGGAAUGAUAUGGUGCUCUUCAACAUGUCUUGAGCUAUGUUGCUACCAA